GAAAGAAAGUUCCACAUUAUAAAACCUGAAGAUCCCGUAGAUUACUUUCUAGGCGAAAGCUGGAAAACCAUCCCUGCACCAAACGUCAACACCACCCAACGAACCCUCACAGUCAUACUUCCCAACGAAACUACCAACAAUGAAGCCAUCCCAACUUUUCAUCAAGGCUGCUUGCAGGUCACAACCGCCAUGGCUGUUCUCUUGUGCCGAGCACUGAUAACUUUUAACAAGAAAUUAGUGCGUGCUCACUGGUUUUUCGAUUUUGCUUCUCUAACAUUUAACUCGUUGGUGCUCAUCACAUACUUGGUCGUACUCAGCAACGAAGGCCGAGGAAACUGGGACACUGUCAAUAUCACCUUUAUUGUUUGCUUCGCUGCGCAAAUCCCGCUACAGCUUUGGGCAAUCUCAGUCGUUAAAUCAUGUUACAAUUUCUUCAAUCUGCUUCACGUUUUCAUAAGACUAGCAGAAAAAUAA